AUGAAUGAACACCGCCUGUUCCACCGGCAGCCACCGUUAGCGACAUGCUUUCUCCUGUUCCUUUUGGUUCUUGCCUACCACAGCGGUGUAUCGGCGAAAGGAAUCAAGCAGAAGCGCCUCGUCAUCGAUCUGAGAGAUCCUUUGCUGACCGUCACCGAUCCGUCCGUUUACUUUCCCCGGUCAACCGUACCCACUACCUAUACGUCCACGCCAACGUUCUACGGCUCGUCGCACGCAGCAAUUGCCCCCUACAGCCACGGACACUCGCGAGUUGUGUCACCGCUCAAACCGACCACACUCUUCAAUGAGAAUCUGUUCCAGUACUCCAACUACGGUUCGCCGUUUCCCUUCCUGACCGGCAACCAUCUUAGUCUGGGUGACGAGGACACCUACAUUGCCGACGGUCGCAUCCUCAAACAGUACGCCGUGAUGGAGUUCCACGCCGAGGAACAGGAGCGGAACCAGUACCAUCAGCAGCAGCUACUGCACGGUUCGGGUGCGUUCCGGACGCCUGGCGGGACACCGUACCCGACGACCACGUACUUCAGCAAGUUCCCCACGACGUACGAACCACUGUAUGGUACGACCUUUGCCCAACCGCUACCUCAGCUGCCGCCCGUACUGGACAGCUUCAAUCCAAGGUUCGGCGUACAGCACGAACAUCAGCGUUCGCCACUGCUGACCAAAAACCAUGGUCCGAUCGCACUGGGGUCCGGCUCGCUCGGCUACAUACACGGCCCGAACGGCGUCACGGUGGGGUCCGGUUCGCUUGGCUACAUUAGCCACCAGCAGCACCGGGAAACGUUGGCUGAGCUGAUCGAGCGAAAGAAAUCCAAACACCUACCGAGCCCACUGACCUUUGGCCAUAAUCAUAACUGA